AUUCUCGAACGUCUCUCGGUCCCGACCGCGCGGCCUAGGAGGCAAGGAGGAGGGAUGUGGAUGAGGAGUGGUGACCAGCGUGAGCCCAAGCUGCAUCAACGAUGCUGCGAUCUGCUGGCGAAGCGUUCCGCCAGCCGGAGGCCUGGGUCACCCGCGGUCCGCUGGCGAAGCGGUGCGCCAGCGAGGUUCUCCUGGUGGCCAGGGACCUCUCCCACAUCGCGGCCGGCAGCUGGCGACCGAGGCCGCCCCCGCCGCCGCGGGAGCGCUCGCCGGAGCGGGCGUGUCCGGACGCGCCGCCCGCGGCGGCGGAGGCGCCUGCGUCGCAGGACGGGCCGCCGCCGCUUCCCGUGCUGAGCGCCAUGGGCGCUGUGCCUUUGGGACACGCGGUGCACGCCGUCGCGCUGUGCAACGCGCUCCUCGACCGGCGUGCCGAGAGGGUGGCGUCCGUCACUCCGCGGCGGGUGGCGUUCAUCCCCCGCUUCCACGUCUGGCUUGAGAGCAAGAGGGUGCGCUCGCGAGGCGAGAUGGUGAACUUCCCGAGGCGGUGCUUGCGGCUGGAGCUGCGGACCGUGGAGGACACGUCGCGCAGCUGCGCGGAGGUGGCUGACGAGGACAUCAUCCGCGUGGCCAGCAGCACAGAUGCACAGCGGUUGGGCAACUUAGUCUUCAAGCGGUGGCUACAGUACGAGGCCACCCGGGACGCCCGGCUGCUGGUGGUGGUGCAGGCCAUGGGCACCGAGUGCAUCGAGACGAUGGUAACCGCGCUGGCGACGUCCUGGCAGAAGAGCGCCCGGUCCUUCGAGGGCGAGGCCUCCCACCCUGGCUUCUGCUGCCUCGCCUCGCACGUGCGGCCGCCGCAGGGCUCGCCAGCCGCCGUGCGCGACGUGCUGCAGUGCGUGGCCCUGCCCCCCGAGCCCGCCUAGGGAGCGGGCGCGCCCUCGUGGAGGCCCCGCGCGCGGCGCUCGGUGCGGCUUCAAACAAGAGGCGUCCGCGCCGUCCUCGUCG